AGCAAACAGCGCGCUAAAUGUCUGAAUGGUAUGAUACUUGAUUAUCCCUGUGACGAGAAGAAAUUUGCAAGCUUAUUGAGAAAGAUUAUUUGAUGUGAACUUUUUUUUAUUUUGUUUUCCUCGACUGAUUUAAAGCGCGGUUGAUUUUGGUACAGCUGAUAUUUUGUCGCGAAUACGUUUUCACAUCGAAUUUUAGUAUCUCAAGGAUGCCAAAGUAUUCUAGCAGUAAUCCACAAAGCCGCAAAAAUAGACCACUUAAACGAAUCUCCCCUCGUUGGCGUAGUACUUUUCCUAUUUCAUUAAGUCAGCUACAAAGGAAACGUGAUGAAUUUUGGGAUACAGCUCCAGCAGCUGAAGGCAGAAUUGAGAUUUGGAAUGCUCUGAAAGUAGUUGCUGAUUUUUUUCAAAAACAAGAAUAUGAUAUGGCUCAAGCGAUUUUAGAUGGAGCAUGUAUCACUCUUCCAUCAGGAACAUUAUAUGACUGCUAUGAUGAACUUGGUGCUCAUUAUCAGCUUCCAUUAUACGUCCUAAGUCAGCCAAGUAAUCUCAUUCCAGAUCCAUCUACUCCUGAUUCACAAAGCUUACACUCUCAACCAAAUAUAUCUUCUGUACUCAGAAAUUCAAAUACCUAUACUUCAGGCUUUAGUAACACAAGAGUUCAUUCUCAUCAACAAUGCGCCGAUAGUAAUAAUGACCCAUCAAGUAACGAUGUAUGUGGGUGUUUGUCAUUGUUCAAUGCAUUUUGUCAUAGAAAUCGCAGGAACAGAAACGGAUCACCUCAUUGGUUACAAUGGAACUUUAAUUCGUGCAGACGCGAUUAUGAUCAAUCAGUAUGUGACAAAGUUGAUCCUACAAAUCAUAAUUCUUCAAAUCCACAAUCAUCUUGUCUUAAUUUAAGAUUAUCUACUGGUGAACAGUAUACAUUAGAAAUCGGUGAUCAAAAUAUCACAGUUUUGGAAGCCAAACGUUUAUUUACUUCACUGUGCGGUUGGCAUGAGCUUAGACAGCGUUGGUUUGUGUGUGGUCGUUCUCUUUCCAAUCGACUUUCGAUUAAAGACUGUCAUAUACCAUCGGGUUUCGUUAUCCAAGUUAUUGUACACUCACCAUUCGACCCUGAAUGUUUGUGGAAACAAGGUAGUAGAUCUGCAACUAGUUCUGUAGUGGAAGCUAUUAUCUCUUAGUAGUAGUAGUAGUUAGUCAUUUACUUUUCACUACAAAAUAUUGACUAUCUGCAUUUCUGUUCAUCUAAUAAAUUCGUUCUUAGAUUAGUAUUUUACGAUCAUAACAUUGUAUAUAUUAGCUCUCAUCAAUUAUUACUUCACUCAAUAUUAGACAAAUCAAAUAAUCCUACACAAAUUGACUUUGUUGCUCUGUAAUGUAAUCUAUUAAUGUUUCAUUAGCUUUUAUGUGGUUCAUAAUUUCCUUUUUGUUUUUUUUUCUUUACACUUGUACAUCAUGAUAUAACUUUAACGUUACUUUUUAUAUUAUUAUGUUAUACUCUUGUAUAAUUAGUUACUGUAUCUGUUAUAGGUUACCUCAUUUAAAUGGAAUAUUGAUUUGAUGAAUAAUAUAUUUUUUUCUAAAACCAAUGGAUUAUUUUGUUUUUCUAUUGUUAAUAUUUAAACAUUGGAAUGCUCAUUGUUCAACAUGUAAAUCUACGGUUGUUUUACUAAUUUAUACAUCUGACCUGAACAUGUCCUCUAUACGUUGGAUUAUUUUGCUUGUUUAUUUGCUUUAUUCUUAAUUUGCUGUAUUCCGUUUUCUUUGUGAUAAAUAAUGUCCUUUUUGCUUUUUUUUCUAUUUGUAAAUGAUUAUUUCACCAUUUAAAAAGUUUCUUAUCUUAAUAAUUGUGCUUGUGUUUGUUUUUGUCGUUGCUGCUUUUUGCCUCAUUGUUCCUUUGUUCCAAACUUUCCUUAAGCAUAUAUACACGUCUGUCUAUGGUUUUUUCCAUUUGUUUUUACUUCUGAUCACUUCGUUCGUUCGAACAUGUCUCUUUGUUUAGGUGGUUUUUUUCGUACUACUUUUCACCUUUAUUAUCUUGAUUUUGUAUUGAGUUGUUACAAUUACCGCUGUUUCAUGCAAUGAUAUCUAUGUGGUGAAGUAACACCAUUUGUCUCUCAUGUAGUACAUUGUAUAAAUAUGUUUCCAAUAUAUAUAUAUAUAUAUAUAUAUAUAUAU